AUGGACCGGCUCUCCGACUUCUCGCCUCCGGAAGUGCCUGAGCUCACCGUCCCGCUUCUUCAUCACGCCUUGCGGUCAGCCCCUCGAGGCACAGCUGCUGGUCCUUCUGGGUGUCUCAUUGAGCACCUUCGUGAUACCUUCCUCUCGUACCAAUCGCAUCUGCCACAUCUCCUCCGCUUGUUCCAGAAUUGGCUGCAAGGCGACCUCCCUCAAACUGUCCGACCGUUCUUCACCGCAUCUACUCUUGUCGCCCUUCAGAAGCCGCAAGGAGGCGUCCGCCCCAUUGCCAUCGGCGAGAUACUGCCGCGCUUGCUGUCUCGUUGCGUUAUUCUUCACUUCAAGCAGCAGAUUAGGGAUUUCUUCCUUCCCUCCCUGCAGUUUGGGGUCACUGUCUCUGCAGGGAUCGAGGUUAUGGCCCACACAGUCCAGUCAGCCCUCUCUCUCCACCCAGACUGGGUCGUGCUGGAACUGAAUGUGGCCAAUGGUUUCAACUUGUUCAGUCGUUCCGCUAUGUUCAAUGCUCUGCGAGACUCCCCGUUCUCCAGCCUCAUCCCUUUCUUCCGCCUCGUCUACGCCUCCCCCUCUCCACUCCAUUACCGCAGCGGCCCACUCAUCGAAACGCUUCAGUCAUCAUCAGGUCGGCAAUCUCCAGCAAUCUUGAUCACCUCCUACGCGGAUGACCCUGCGCAGGAGGUGUUUCCUGCCUACACAGCACUUACAGCUCGUCUCAACAGCCUCAGCCUGCGGGUGCAACCAUCGAAAUGCUCCCUUUGGGCCCCUUUGGACCUCCCUUCAGACCUCACACCUCCAUCAGACAUCGUCAUUGCCCUUAACGGUAUCACGACUGCCUCUCGCAUCCUUUCUCUCUGCGUCUCUGCUCGUCCCUCAUUCCUCCUCCGUACUGUUGCACCCUUCCCUGAGAUAGAAGAGCUCUAUACUGACUGGGACAACAGCUUGCUCGACCAUUUUGUUCGCCUCAUUGGCUCUGACUACUGGCCCCCUACAUUUGACCACACUGCCACAGCACAUCGACAGACAUGCCUUCCCAUUCGCCUUGGAGGGUUUGGCCUCCGAUCAUCAGCUGCAGCUGCUACUCUCAGUUACUUGUGCAGUUGGGCACAGACAGCUUCACUGCUCUCCUCAUGCUUCACCAUCAACGGCUCUCACAUUUUCCGCCCCCGCCCCACACUGGUGCUCAUGAACAUCGUCCUGGUGGGGCUGCUGCUCUCCUUCGCCGCCCUGCUGCCCGCUGCCUGGCGCUACUCCCGCCCACCUGUGGGCGACAGCAGCAGCAGUGGGACUGGGAGCGGCAGCACAGUGGAAGGUGGCAGCAGUGAGAUGCUGUACCAUGUGUUGUUCCUGCUGCUGCUCACUCUCCUACUCAUUGCGCUACUCAACUGGUGGGUGUUGGCUGCUCAACUGCUUGGUGUUGACUGCUCGUGCAUUCACCCAUGUUAG